AUGUCAUCCAAGCUUUUGCCAGUAAUCGAGCGGCUCCCCAAUGUCUCGGGCACCCCGGAAUUUGAGGCUGCCCACGCGGCCAUUCUAGAAGAGUUCGCUGCAAAAGUCCCUAAAGAACUGCACAUCUCACCGGCCGUCAUCGCCAGCCCACCGAAGAACGUCGUCGCCCUGCCGAGAGAGUGCGGCAUUCUAUCGUCCGCAGAGAUUGACAUCACCGAAAACUACGAUGCCGUCGCGUUGGCCGAAGCCAUCGCAGCCAAGAAGUUCACGGCCAUGGCCGUUGCCUCGGCCUACUCGAAGAGGGCAAUCGUCGCGCACCAGCUUACCUGCUGCUUGUCAGAAUGGUUCAUGGAUGAGGCUCUGGAGCAGGCCAAGGCCCUAGACGAUUACUUGGAGAGGACGGGCAAGACGGUUGGACCACUCCACGGUGUGCCGAUUGCCGUCAAGGAGAUGAUCCCACUGGCAGGUCACUACACAUCUCUUGGCUUCAUCGUUACGCGUCACAAAGCCGAGAAGGAUUGCCAGAUGAUCUCCAUUCUGCGCAAGGCGGGAGCCGUGUUCCACUGCAAGACGCUCCAGCCCCAGGGUAUCAUGCAUCUAGAGACGGUGUCCCCUCUCGGUCGCACUCUCAACCCGCACAACAUCGACCUGUCAGCCGGCGGGUCGACUGGUGGCGGAGCCGCAUUGGUGACUCUGCGGGGGAGCCCGCUGGCUAUCGGUACAGACAUUGGGGGCAGCAUCAGAACCCCAGCCGCUUUCUGCGGUAUCUACGGCUUCAAGGCUACUUCCUACUAUCUCCCUAUGAGGGACUUCACUGGGGACUACGGUUAUGCCGGUGAACUCAAUGUGCUUGGUUCGACUGGUCCGUUGGCUACAUCGCUCAGGGACAUGGACUUAUUUGUGUCGGUGUUGAAAGACGCCGACCCCCACUUGGAAGACCCCAGACUGAUUCCAAUCCCAUGGACUGGGUUGGGGACAACACAAAAGACGAAACCUUUGAAAGUUGGUUUCAUGAUGAACGACGGAGUUGUGGUGCCGCAGCCUCCGGUUACCCGCGCCUUGAACUGGGCCCGUAAGCAGCUAGCCAAAUCUCCCGCGUUUGAAAUCAAAGACUUCGUCCCCUUCAGAGCCGCCGAUGCUAUGGAUAGCGUCCAGCGCAUCUUUGUUCCGGAUGGUGGCAAGAUGAUCAAGGGAGCAAUGGCUGCCACGGGCGAGCCCGCAAUGCUACUGACCAAGGGGACCCUUGAAGCCGCAGAAGCCAUGAACCAGGACCUUGAUGCCGCCGGCAUUCUCCAGCAACGGGUUUCUCGGGACAAGUUCAGGUGCGAGUUCGCCGAGCACUGGAUGGCACAGGAUGUCGAUGUCCUGAUCAGUCCGGCCUAUGUGGGACCCGCAUGCCCGCAUGAUGGCGCCUUGUUUUGGAAUUAUGAGUCGUUCUGGAACUACGUCGACUAUCCUGGUGUUGUGGUACCUACGCCGGUCAAGGCGUUGAAGAAAGGAGAGGAAGGGUAUGCACCAGCUGACGCAACUCCCCUGAGUGAGGAUUGUAAGCGGGCGAGAAAGUUCUGGGAGGAGGGGGACUAUGAGGGUGCCCCGAUCGACAUUCAGAUCAUUGCCCGCAAAUACUGUGAUAAUGAGUUAUUUGCUGCCUUGAGCGUGCUUCGGGGUCCUCUCGCGAUCUGA